AUGAAUGAAAACAUCGCUGACAAGGGCAAUCAGGCCAACAAGGCCAUUGAAGAUACCGCCAUGACCGAUGAAGUCAAGCCCACUGAGGACGGAGCCAAGGGUCCUGUGCAACAGAAGAAGAAGAAGAAACACUCGCAGGCCUACUAUGCCCGGAGGAGAACGCAGGAAUACAAAGACCAGCGCCAGGAGCGCCGUCGUCUCCGCGAGGCAGGAAUUGAAGUUGUAACCACCCCCCCCCCCCCCCCCCCCCCUCGCCGCGUGCGAGACCCUGCCCUCCCUCCAAAGGCCAAGCGGCCGUACCGGCGCCCCGGUCGUAGAAGGGCCAACAAGGCAAAGAAAGCUGCCGCAGAAGCCGCCAAGAAGGAGGCCGAGGAAGCCCCGGAGACACCCGCAGCUGCAAGCACCUCCCCCACCUCCGACACUCAGCCCAAGGAUCUUGAGACGCGCAUCGUAUCUCAGACUGAAGAUGAGGAUAUGGAAGAUGCCGAUAUGGAGAAUGAUAAUGAUGAUGUUGAGAUGGAUCUAGGCCCGGCGGUCAUCAUGAAUCUCGUCCUUCGGGAAAAGACCUCCUGCUAA